AUGCUGGCUGAGAUGCUGAUUCCUCUCCCGAACAUCAAUGCCAAGUCCAUCACCAACUUUCUGAACAGGGAGAACAAAAGGGCAAACUACCUGUCAACAGUCGUACCCAAGGCGCCGAGUCACCGAAGACAUGACCCGCGACAAAUCCAGCGCAUGAACCAUCACGCUGAGAUCCUGUUCGGCAAGGACCACCUCUACGAACCGAACUUUGUCGCCCCCAUGCAGCCACCUGCCGAAGCUGAAGAGGAGGAGCUACUUGGCGUAGAGUACGCUUACUCGCAGUCAUCUAAGUCGGCUUUUUCAUCAAAGGAGUACUACAUAGAUAAAGCUGAAGAGGAGCAUGCAGCUGAAGAGGAUGAUAACGAUGGCAACAAUCAUGAGGACGAAGGGAUUGAAGAUGCUGCAACAGAUGAUGCGGAUGAUUCUACAGUCUCUAGCCCCAUGGAUGCUGUGAGCACUCAGCACACCGUGUUGACAAAGGAGGAACAAGUACAAGAAGAGAUGAGCCCUGUCAUGCAGGACGUGUUAAUGAGGAGCCGGCACUUACACUUGCCUGGGUUCGAGCAGGUUGAAGCCCUCGCUUUGCUGCUGGUAAAGCUGACUGAAGGGGAGCAGCAUCUCAUCCCAUUAGGGCUCAGAGAGCAAAUAUCACACGCUGCAGGUGAGCUGGCAGAGCACGACAGAUCUGCUCGAAACUUUGUCAAAAAGUAUGAAAGUAAGUGGGGCUACACUUUAUUUGAACGCUGCCUCGACCCAGAAUCUCCACAGGCCAGUGCCGCCCAAAAGACUAAAUUUGGGUGGAUGAAGUUUGCACAGGCUACCCAAAUCACUGAAGAGUCGAGGCUUUUGUACCUGGUCAUCCAGGUACUUAAGAAUCAGCCUACUGUUUCUUCCCGGUUUCCUACAAAGACUGCUACCAACAUCAGGACAAGGUACAAGAGGAUCUGGGAUAGGCUUUAUGACGACCCAGUCCUCUCCACUACACUCAAUCUCCCCCUUCCAAACAUCAAUUCCAAAUCCAUCACAAAUUUCAUCAGCAAACAAGAGAAGUGUUCCAAUUUACUCGCAACUACUCAGCCCAAAGAUCUCCCACAUCGAAAAGUCCUUUCUGUUGAUACCAUCCCAGAUCCUGUCGAGCUCCCUGAUAUGUUGCCAAAGCCAGAUUACAAGCAGGUAAAGUACAGCAUCGUUCCUCAAUGA